AUGACGCCAACACCGCCGUCGACCACCUCCUCGAGCGCUGGAGGUCACUCCCCAGACGCCCAGUAUCGGGUGGUGCGGAAGAGAAAUAGAGUGCCCCUGUCAUGUGGGCCGUGCAGACACAGGAAGUUGAAGUGUAACCGGUCGCACCCUUGUGAGAACUGCAUCAGGAGAGGAGAUGCGGCUUCUUGCUCGUAUGCGGCGCCGGGAACUCGAAAGAAGAACCAAAGUCAAGGAGCAACCAGCCCUGAUGAUAUGCAAAACCGUAUUGACCGUUUAGAAGGCUUAGUUUUGUCGUUGAUGACGAAUGGAGCUCAGUCAGCUGGACCUGCUGCCGCUGCUGCGGCCAUCAGCCGCUCACAGAGCGAUAGCACUGGCUCUGCCUCGUUCCCACUCGAGUUGGAGAGAGACGACGAUGAUAUGAUCAAAGAAGAAGAAGAGGGUGGUGAUAGCGAAGUUGAUGGAGUCACUAACUCUCUAGGCGUGCUCAAAGUUGACGCAGAUAAAGGAAAAUCUUUGUAUUUUGGGGAUUCGCAUUGGCACUUGGUCCUAGCAGAUAUUGCGGAGGUGAAGAAUUACUUUUCGUCCCACAAGAAGGAAUUAGAGAAGAACUACGAGAAGAUCAAGCAAUCGAAACCGGACACGGCACGAGAUGGACCUGCGUUUCUUUUCAGUGCUCAUACACCAGUCACCGAUGUCGAACUUCGAGCAGAGCUUCCAUCGAAGUCAGCUGUCGAUAAGCUCGUGACUCGAUAUUUCAAUUCGUACGAUCCGGCCGUUCACAUCCUUCACUCUCCCACAUUUCACAAACAACUUCAGCUCCACUGGCAGGAUCCAUCGAAAUCGUCGAUAGUAUGGCUGGGACUGCUUUAUUCGAUCCUGUGCUUAGCGAUGCAAUCUUAUCACAAGAUUGGGGAUGAACCUUUGGAAUGGAAAGGCCGCACACUAGAAUUAGCCUCAGAGUACCGAUUACGAACAGUCCAAUGCCUCGUCAACUCAGAUUACACCAAGUCAGACAUCUACACGAUCGAGACUCUGCUUCUCUAUGUUCACGGUGAGUAUAACAGUCGAUGGGAUGCAGAGGUAGGCAUCUGGGUGAUAGUCGGUAUGGUUGUCCGAUUGUCUAUGAGAAUGGGCUAUCACCGCGACCCGAGCAAGUUCUCUGGUGUCACUCCAUACCAGGCUGAGAUGAGACGUCGGAUAUGGUCUUUCAUCCGGCAGAUGGACACGAUGUUUUCAUUCCAGCUUGCUCUGCCGAGUAUGAUUCGGACCACGGACUGUGAUACGGCUCUGCCUAGGAAUAUCUUUGAGGACGAGUUCGGACCGGAUUCAAAGAUUCUGCCACCUGCGAGACCUUUGACCGAGCCUACACCGGUGUCGUACAUGAUCACAAAGGCGCAGAUCGCUUUCGAAUUUGGCGAGAUCCUCGAAGAGCUCAAUGCCGUGAAUGGAAAAUCGGUUAGCUACGACGAUAUCUUGAAGCGAGACAAUCAUCUACGGGACCUGAAAAUGAACAUGGCUCCUCAUCUACGACUACGACCUAUCGAAGAGUGCACGCACGACCCGGCAACGCUCCUCAUGCAGCGGUUUAACAUCGACAUCUUUUGGCAGAAGACCAUGGUUGUCUUGCAUAGAAAGUAUAUAGCACGAGCACGCCAGAAUCCUCGUUAUGGUCAUUCACGACGAGCUUCAGUUGAUGCUUCGAUGGAAAUUCUCAGACAUCAAGCUCAGCUAUACCGGGAAUCGCAGCCAGGAGGAAGGAUGCGCACAAUGAAAUGGUUCAUCUCUUCUCUCACCAAGCACGAUUUCCUUCUCGCAGCAAUGAUUGUCUGUCUAGAUCUCCAUUACGAUAGCGUCACUGAAGCCUUAUCAGAACGUCCUGCGAAUUACGAUCCUUAUUUCUGGACGCCAGCUCAAAAGAAAGACAUGCUCGAUACCUUAGAGAACUCGCAGGAGAUCUGGAAAGGAUCAUCUGACAAAUCGAUGGAAGCUUUCAAAGCAUCCGGUAUUCUACAAGUCAUCCUAGACAAGCUCCAACGUACUCGGCAAGAGCAACAACCAGCUGGCCCCUCAACCGCUGAAGUCUUUGCACAAUUCGACGAUGAAAAUCUGAGACCAGAACACUCAGCUGCUAUGACGCUCGGCAUGCUCUCAGGUGGCCUGACACCCAAUUCAGCAGCCAUGUUUAACGCCAUGGCGCAGAGUCCUGGUGGUACGAGAUACAAUAUGGAUUUGCCGAUGGGCGAACCCUCUUCGUCUGGUGGAACGGGUAUGACGCCAAACUAUGCCAUGGAUCAAUCGAAUGCGUUUGGCAAUCUGAUCUCGGGCGCGAGUCCGUUCUCGGUGUUUGGAAAUGCGGGCAGUGGUCAAGGGAUGAUGGACGUACCCGCAAAUCUGGAUUGGGAAGCGUGGGAUUCAUACAUCCAAAACGGCGGAGCCAUCGACCCCGCGUUCCAGUUCUAUCCAACCAACAUCGAUCAGUCGCAACUUAGUCCCGAUAGCCAGCAGCCGACACAGCAGCAGGGUGAUCAAUCGUCGGGGUAUGGGAAUAAUAUCUUUAUGGGUGCCAAUACGCCGAGAUGA